CCUGGUGGUGCUCUCUGUGUAUAUGGGAUGACGGUCGCGCCGCAGAUGCCGUUCUCCAUGAAGGCUGUUCUGAAGAAUAUUGAUGUCCGGGGCUGUACGAUGGGCUCGCGCAAGGAGUUCAAGGAGAUGGUCGAGUUCAUCAAGACGCACAAGAUCCAUCCAGUCAUCUCACGCAUUCUGCAGACUGAUCUGGAGGAUAUCCCUGCCAUCGAUGGAAUCUUUGAGGAUAUGAAGGAAGGGAAGCAAUUCGGGAAGCUGGUGAUUGAGUUCGGGAAGACCUCUGGAAGCAAACUGUGAAGUAAAUAUCAUUGCCAGAUGUUAGCCUUCUUCUGUCACUGUGUUUAUUAUGAGGAACGUAGUAGACACGAUGAAGCGGUACUUUCCAGAGCAGCCUGAGUGUGUAGUCGCACCUUCCCUGUGCCAGGUAAUCCGUUUGCCUCCAUGUCACAACCCCCCUGAAUCGACUCCAAAGCCUCUGGGCUUCAUUAUCAACACUCCCUAGCUUUCAGG